CACGCUCAGACUUUGGCCCGGGCUCAGCCUAUUUACAGUAGACGAAUUGCUUCCGUCCUCGCUAGCUUGCAGUUCAUCAUCCUCUUCAGCCGGCAGACCCGUGUCCUCGCGCCUUGCCUUCUUCCAUUGCUCCUCCGAUUCACACCAUCAGCUGUCAGCAAAUAUGGCUUCGAAUGAUGAGACUAUCGUGUCCCCAGUCACAACGCGAGCACCAGAUCUCACUGCUUCAAUAGCUGCUGUCAAUGCACAGCCUGUGGAGUUGGACAGCACUCCCGCUUCACCUGAGAAGGUGCGGCGGAGCUCUCGAGCGACUGCCUUGGAGCAAGCUGAGACCAAGCUCACUCCAGCUGAGCAAGAGCGCUUGAAAGAACUGGCUAAGACUCGCAAAGCUGAUCCAGCAGUUAUGCAAGAUAUUCCGCAGAUUCCGACCGCCGAAGAAUUGGAGAUCGCCGAGGACAGCAAAGAUGCUACUGAUGCUGCAGGUCGAAGCACCGAGGGCUCAGCUUAG